GAGGUAAACCGAGACUUCAUAUUCAAGAUGGAAAGUCCCUCAGACCCAGCUGUGAUUCCACCUGGCACUCCACAAGGCUGUGCCAGUGUACCAUCUCCCCACACAAGUAGUUCAAGAAAACAAGUAGGAAAAUCUUAGUUCUUUCAAUGGAUCAAUUGUGUAUUUCUGGCUAUUGUAGCAGUGGUGGUUUUAAAUCUAUUGAAGAUUGUUAAUGAACGUAAUGUGUAGCAUUAAUAAAUGUAUUAAGUAAUUUUAGAUCUUUCUCCUAUGAUGAUGUAUUUGACUUUUCCCCACCCCCGAAAUUUCAUUCUGUAUUAUUUAGUUUCACAUCAGGUAUUUAUAACAUUGCAAAUGGAAGAAGUUUGAAUCUGCAGUGUCAUGAAGGUCUUUGGUGGCAGGAUCUAGGUCUUUCCCAAAAUUUGUAACUCUGAAGCACCUAGAGCAGCGUCAGGCAUGUGCUAAGUUGCUGAACAAAUGUUUGUGAUUACUGGGCCUAUGAGUGCAACACUUAGAGAACGGUUAAGGAAAACUAGAUCUUCAUUUAAUUCCUGUUACAGUGUGGUAAAACGUCUUAAAGUGGAGAAUGAGGAAAACGAUCAGACCUUUUCAGAGAAACCAUCUUCAACAGAAGAAAGCUGUUUGGAAUUUCAAGAUAAUUUUAAACACAUAGACAGUGAAUUUGAAGAAAGUUCAUAUUUGAAAAAUACCUUUAAGAAUAUCAAUGCAUGUGAAUCUAAGUCACUUGAUACUGAAUCUUGCAGUGGUCUGCAAAAUGAUUUUGAUGAGAAUCUUCCCAAAAAAGGAUUAAAUGAAGAAAAGGCAAAAUUGGUGAGGCAGGUUCGGGAAAAAGAAGACCUUCUUCGGAGGCUAAAACUAGUUAAAAUGUAUAGAUCAAAGAAUGACCUGUCUCAGUUACAGCUGUUAAUAAAGAAAUGGAGACGCUGUAGCCAACUGUUGCUUUAUGAGUUGCAGUCAGCUAUGUCUGAGGAGAACAAGAAACUCAGCCUUACUCAGUUGAUAGACCACUAUGGAUUGGAUGAUAAAUUGCUACACUAUAACAGAAAUGAAGAAGAAUUUGUAGGUGUUUAAUUCAUAAUUUCUUCUCCAGAAUAUCUUUGACACUUACAUCUUAAAAAAUACUUAUACAUUUUAAGGAGAAUAUGAACCAUUAGGGCUUAAAGAAAGGUAUUUGGUGAACAUCAAUUUAGGGCAUUCUGUUAGAUAAAAUAUAAAUUCUAAAAUGAAAAUUUAAUAUUUUGGAUAAAUUUGCCAAAGAAAAUUUGACAUUUAAAGAAACGUGAAAAACUUUUACUCAUGUUUUAAAACAUAGUUCAGUUCUGGAAGUCAGUUGUAAUACAUUAUUUUGUUUAUUAUGGUAAAAGUAGUUUUUUUUAUUAAAUGUUAAAAAAUAGCCAAUCAGGUGAAUGUCUAAACCUAAAUUGGUCUAAAAAUGCCUGCCUUUCUCCUAAGUUUAUGAACUUUGUUUCCAUCCAUUUACCACAUAUUUCCAUCUGGAUGGUCUCUUGAGUAAUUAAACUCAUAGGUCCAAAAUUAUAUUCUUCCUGUCUCUUCA